AUGUUCGCCCAACCGUUCGACCAUUCGUUCAAUGAUUUAUUCAAUCAGUACGUCAACAUGGAGUCCGCCAAUCCUGACGGCUCCAACAAAGACGUUUCAUUUCCAAACGACCUUGACCAAAUCUUCUCGCUUGACUCAUUGUCAAGCGAUUGUGGCGACCAUUCACCCACCAUCUCCACUUCCAAGGUGCCCCAUCAGUCACCUCCUCAGUCCUGGGGUAAAGACCUCUGGUGUAUGCCGCAAGAGGCUGCUGUCUCCUCUGCAGAUCAGGACACGCCCCUUGCAUUUCAAGACAGCGUGCACCCCCCGGCUGUUUCAGAUCUGAGUGCCAACCUUGAAGCUUCUUCUGCUGCCCCGAACUGCCCUACCGAGAACCGUUCUCCAUCGACUCCGCCGGCUACCCCGAGCCGCAAAGCUAAGAGUGCUUUGGUCACCCCAAAGUCUAUCCGUCGUCAUCGUGAACCUAAUGAUCGCCGCGCUCUGCUGCGGAAGCAAAGUUUCUCCCCCAACCUGACUCGCUCCUCGCAGCUUCAAAAACAUAGAAUGGCGUACCCCGAGGCUUGGGCUCAACGCUUUCAGCAUUUCAACUACCGCCAUUCGGAUGACCGCCUGCCGCUCUCCCCUCCGCCUUCUGACAUCCUUGUUCAGCACGAGAACUUUGGUGCUGACGGCUCCGCGACGCACAUGAAUCCCACGGGAGAUUCGGCGGAAAUGCCUCAUCAGUUCGACUCCAGCAUCUUCACUCCCUCUCCUGCCAUCUCCAUGCCCUCGCCGUCUGCCCAUGCAUUGGCCCAGCAGCAGCCGAAGUACUUGAGCCACUCGAGCAACUCCGCCUUGACCUCGAGUCCCCCAUCGGCCGACGACAUUUUCUCCUCGCCGCAUUCCUCCGAUCCUCAGUCCAUGUCCUCGUGGCAUUCCGAUUCUUUUGGCACCCCUGCCAUCCCUUUCACCCCUGAUCUUCAUAGCCAGGAUGCUCAGGCAUGGUGGUCUCCUAUGACUUCUCGCGUGGCCCAGCGCCAACCUUCCUACCAACAGAUGGCUCCACAGAAGCCCAUGCAGAAUACCAACAGCCAGCAUGACAUGCUGCAAGGAGGUCUCAUGAUCCAGUUGGAUCCCUCGCAAUUCGGCAUGUCCAACUCGUCUUUCCACUCUUCUAUGUCUUCGGCUCCCAACCCCCAGGAGACCCAGGCUUAUAGCCACACCGCAGCCACCACGCAAAACUACGUCGACUCCGCUGCAUUUGCCGCACACGCCCCCACGACCUCGCGGUCGCCCUCUCUUUCUCCCCGAGCUGGUGGCUCUCCGAAGAACGGGGCCAUAAUGAAGACCCCCCAGCGACGCACCAACGGGCGAAAGCUCUCUGCUCACUCCAUGAGUGCGCCCAAGCCUGUGAGGGGGCCCUCUGUGAGCCCCAAGGGCAGCAACAAAUCCGUUACUGUGUCAUUUGUCAACUUCACUCCCAACGACAGCCAGAAGAUCCUCACCGGAGUCGCUCCCAGCGGCAGCUCGAAGACGAAAGCGCGUCGCGAGCAGGAAGCCCGUGAUAGACGGCGUAAGCUGAGCGAGGCUGCAUUGAAUGCAGUACGCAAGGCCGGUGGGGAUGUCGAGGCUCUUGAGGCUGUCCUGUGUUAG